UCAGAAUGAUAUCUUCCUAAUUUCCUUUUCUUUAGGUACCUAUAGACUGGAUACAUGGCUCACACUAAUGAAUCAAUAGUGUCUGAGUUUGUGCUUCUGGGACUUUCUAAUUCUUGGGAACUUCAGCUUUUCUUUUUUGCCAUCUUCUCUACAGUCUAUGUGACAUCAGUAUUAGGCAAUGUCAUGAUUAUUAUUGUCAUUUUCUCUGACUCCAACUUGAACUCUCCUAUGUACUUUCUGCUCAGUAACCUUUCUUUCAUUGAUAUCUGCCAAUCAAACUUUGCCACCCCCAAGAUGCUUAUGGACUUUUUCAUUGAGCGCAAGACUAUCUCCUUUGAGGGGUGCAUGGCCCAGAUAUUCCUUCUUCAUAGUUUUGUUGGGAGUGAGAUGAUGUUGCUUGUAGCUAUGGCAUAUGACAGAUUUGUAGCUAUUUGUAAGCCCCUGCACUAUAAUACAAUUAUGAACCAAAGGCUAUGUAUAAUUUUUGUGUCUGUUUCCUGGGCAGUGGGUAUUCUUCAUUCUGUGAGCCAUUUAGUUUUUACAGUGGACCUGCCAUUCUGUGGCCCCAAUGAGGUAGACAGCUUCUUUUGUGACCUUCCUCUGGUGAUCAAGCUGGCUUGCAUGGAUACAUAUGGAAUGGAAGUUAUGACCCUGACUAACAGUGGCCUGAUAUCUUUGAGCUGUUUUCUGGCUUUAAUUAUAUCCUACACUGUCAUUUUGAUCACAGUCCGGCAUCAGUCCUCCAGUGGGUCAUCUAAGGCCCUUUCUACGUUAACUGCCCACAUCACAGUAGUAAUUCUUUUCUUUGGACCUUGUAUUUAUUUCUACAUAUGGCCCUUUAGCAGACUUUCAGUGGAUAAGUACCUUUCUGUCUUCUACACUGUUUGUACACCCUUGUUGAAUCCCAUCAUCUACUCUCUGAGGAAUGAAGAUGUUAAAUCAGCCAUGCGGAAGUUGAGAAACCGUCAUGUAAACUCCUGGAAGAACUAAGAUUUCCAAGAGGGAGCCUGAUCUUGAAUUAGAAUGAGUUUCCUGUGGAUCCUAGCACCAUAUCAACUGUCUUUGUUAGUGUUAUUGAGUUAUAGAAAUGACCUUUUGUCUUAAAUGCAAGGACUACUUAAAACCAGUUUCU